GUCAACACCAUCACCACCCUCGACACGGCCGAUCGCUCAUUCCCCUCCGGCAUCACGACAACCGCAAUCAUGAGCUCCACCAACUCCGUUCAGUGCUUCGGUAAGAAGAAGACGGCUACUGCUGUCGCCCACUGCAAGGCCGGUAAGGGUCUCAUCAAGGUCAACGGACGUCCUCUCCAGCUCGUCCAGCCUGAGAUUCUCCGCUUCAAGGUCUACGAGCCUCUCCUCGUUGUUGGCCUUGACAAGUUCGCCAAUGUAGAUGUGCGCGUUAGAGUAUCUGGAGGUGGCCAGGUGUCACAGGUCUACGCUAUCCGACAAGCUAUCGCCAAGUCCCUGAUCGCCUACUACCAGAAGUUCGUCGAUGAGCACUCCAAGAACCUCCUCAAGCAGGCUCUCGUCCAGUUCGACCGAACCCUCCUCGUUGCCGACAACCGCCGUUGCGAGCCCAAGAAGUUCGGUGGUCCCGGUGCCCGUGCCCGCUUCCAGAAGUCUUACCGUUAAACGGUUCAAGAUGUUGGUCGGAAUGGGGCUCAAAAGCGUCGAGUCGGGGCGAUGUUGCAGUGGAGGAUACAACAGGCAGUGCGAAAAGGGGACCGGAGUCACAAUUUCCCUGGUUUGGGAAUGGGUUACCUAUUGACAUUUGCAUGGCCUUGCUUUUGGCGGAUUGAACAGGAUCUGGCAGGCAAAUGAAAUCUUUCAAGUUAACUAUGUGGCUCACGCUGCAGUGGUUUGUGAUGUCAAUGAACUGUCUCCUCGCCGGACUUGCUCCGAAACAAA